CGAGUCUAUACGCUGUUGUUGCCACCGGAAAUUCAGUUAGUUUCAGUUAUGGGAGAUGGAGGGUGGGUUUACGUGCGACAGCCCACGGAGACGGAAUUGUGGAACCCAAGCUCGAUGGAGGCCGAGAGCUCUUCUCAGCCUCUGAAGAUCACGUUCACUGGGCCCGCCAAGCACUGGACCGAUGCGCUCCCCAUCGGCAACGGUCGGCUCGGAGCCAUGGUCUGGGGCGGCGUCGCAUCGGAGACUCUCCAGCUUAACGAGGACACACUCUGGACCGGGACGCCUGGCAACUAUACUAAUCUUAAUGCUCCAGAGGUGCUUUCAGAGGUCAGGAAACUUGUUGACGAUGAUAAAUACGCUGAAGCUACUACAGAGGCAGUCAAGUUGACUGGAAAUCCUGCUGAGGUUUACCAACUUCUUGGUGACAUCAAGCUGGAAUUUGAUGCUUCCCAUCUUACCUUUGCUGAAGAAACUUACCACAGAGAGUUAGACUUGGAUACUGCAACAGUAAGAGUAAAAUAUUCUGUGGGUGAUGUAGAAUUUACAAGGGAACACUUUGCUUCCAAUCCCGAUCAAGUAAUUGUUACAAAGAUUUCUGGAAGCAAACCAGGAUCUCUAUCAUUCUCAGUGUCUCUAGAUAGCAAGUUACCCCAUCAUUCAUACAUUAAUGGGAAAAAUCAGAUUAUUAUGGAAGGAAGCUGUCCUGCUAAAAGGAUUCCCCCAACAGUGGAUGCAAAUGACAAGCCAAAGGGAAUUCAGUUUUCUGCAGUUCUUGAUUUACAGAUUAGUGAUGACAGAGGUGUGAUGCAUAUUUUGGAUGACAAGCAGUUGAGGAUUGAGGGUUCAGAUUGGGCUGUUUUGCUUCUAGUCGCUUCAUCUUCAUUUGUUGGGCCAUUCACUAAGCCUUCAGAUUCUAAGAGGAAUCCUACUUCAGAGUCACUCAGUGCGUUGAAGCCGAUGAGAGAUUUGUCAUACUAUGAUCUUUAUGCUCAUCAUUUGGAUGACUAUCAGAAUCUCUUCCAUCGUGUCUCACUGCAGCUUACGAAAAACUUGAAGAGCAUUAUAUCUGAUGGGUCUCUGGAAUUGAAGAAACUUACGCCCUCUGUAACCGGUUUAUAUCAUAAGGGAAGUGAAGAUAACAUGGUUUCAACUGCAGAAAGAGUCAAAUCUUUUCAGACUGAUGAAGAUCCUUCCUUGGUGGAGCUUCUUUUCCAGUAUGGUCGAUAUCUACUUAUUUCUUGUUCACGGCCUCGAACUCAGGUGGCAAACCUGCAGGGAAUAUGGAAUAAGGAUAUUCAGCCAAAAUGGGAUGGGGCUCCUCACUUGAAUAUUAAUCUUGAAAUGAAUUAUUGGCCUUCCCUUCCUUGCAACCUUAGCGAGUGCCAGGAACCAUUGUUUGACUUCAUUUCCUCUUUGUCAAUUAAUGGACGUAAAACUGCAGAAGUAAACUAUGAAGCAAAUGGUUGGGUUGUACAUCAUAAAUCUGACAUUUGGGCAAAAUCAUCGGCAGAUCAAGGUGAUGUUGUAUGGGCAUUAUGGCCGAUGGGCGGAGCAUGGCUUUGUACCCAUUUAUGGGAUCACUACACUUAUACAAUGGACAAGGAUUUUCUUAAAGUCAAGGCAUAUCCUUUGUUGGAUGGAUGUGCAUCAUUUCUGUUGGAUUGGUUGAUUGAAGGCCGGGAUGGUUAUCUUGAAACCAACCCUUCAACUUCUCCAGAACAUGACUUUGAUGCUCCUGACGGUAAGACUGCUUGUGUGAGCUACUCAUCAACAAUGGACAUGGCAAUUAUAAGAGAAGUUUUUGCUGCAGUUGUUUCUGCAGCUGAGGUUCUGGAGAGAGAUGAAGAUGAUCUUGUUCAAAGAGUGCGCCUGGCUUUACCAAGGCUGUAUCCAACAAAAAUUGCUGGAGAUGGUUCCAUUAUGGAAUGGGCACAAGAUUUUGAGGACCCAGAUGUGCAUCAUCGACAUCUUUCGCACCUAUUUGGCCUGUUUCCUGGGCACACAAUAACUGUUGAGAAAGCUCCGGAUCUCUGUGAAGCUGCAGAGAUUUCUCUCAACAAACGAGGAGAGGAUGGUCCAGGAUGGUCGACUACAUGGAAAGCUUCUUUGUGGGCCCGUCUCCACAACAGUGAGCAUGCAUAUCGGAUGGUCAAGAAGUUGAUCAACCUGGUGGAUCCGGAUAAUGAGGAACCAUUUGAAGGAGGACUAUACAGUAAUCUAUUCGCAGCACACCCUCCUUUCCAGAUUGAUGCCAACUUUGGUUUCAUAGCAGCAGUUUCAGAAAUGCUUGUCCAGAGCACCAUAAAUGACCUGUAUUUCCUUCCUGCUCUUCCCCGGGACAAAUGGGCUAAUGGUUGUGUGAAAGGAUUGAAGGCGCGUGGUGGGGUAACAGUCAGCAUCUGCUGGGAAGAAGGCGAUCUUCAUGAAGUCGGUCUCUGGUCGAAGGACCUCAAUUCUCUAAAAAGAUUACACUACCGAGGAACGAUAGUCACAGCAAACAUAUUAUCUGGCAUAAUCUACACAUUCAAUGCACAGCUAAAAUGUGUGAAGACAUGCUCUCUGAAAGAAGCAGCUUUUCCUUGAAUGUUAAUAUCAAUUAUAUUUUAGGAACAUUGCUCAUAUUUUUCUAAUAAAUCUUUCGUCUUUUUUGGGCC